CAACAGAAGUUCUGAAAGCAUGCAGGAAUCUAGGUAAAAAUGGCUUAUCUAACAGUAGCAUUUUGUUGGAUAAAUGUCCGCCUCCAAGACCACCAUCUUCACCAUACCCUCCCUUGCCAAAGGACAAGUUGAAUCCACCUACACCUAGUAUUUAUUUGGAAAAUAAACGUGAUGCUUUCUUUCCUCCAUUACAUCAAUUUUGUACAAAUCCAAAUAACCCUGUUACAGUAAUUCGUGGCCUUGCUGGAGCUCUUAAGUUAGACCUGGGACUUUUCUCUACUAAAACUUUGGAAGAAGCAAACAAUGAACAUAUGGUAGAAGUGAGGACACAGUUGUUGCAGCCAGCAGAUGAAAAUUGGGAUCCUACUGGAACGAAGAAAAUCUGGCAUUGUGAAAGUAAUAGAUCUCAUACUACAAUUGCUAAAUAUGCACAAUACCAGGCCUCCUCGUUCCAGGAAUCAUUGAGAGAAGAAAAUGAGAAAAGGAGUCAUCAUAAAGACCAUUCAGACAGUGAAUCUACGUCUUCAGAUAAUUCUGGGAGAAGGAGGAAAGGACCCUUUAAAACCAUAAAGUUUGGGACCAACAUUGACCUGUCUGAUGACAAAAAGUGGAAGUUACAGCUACAUGAGCUGACUAAACUUCCUGCUUUUGUGCGUGUUUUUUUUUCAGGAAAUCUUCUAAGCCAUGUUGGUCAUACCAUACUGGGCAUGAACACAGUUCAACUAUACAUGAAAGUUCCAGGAAGCAGAACACCAGGUCAUCAGGAAAAUAACAACUUCUGUUCGGUUAACAUAAAUAUUGGCCCAGGUGACUGUGAAUGGUUUGUUGUUCCUGAAGGUUACUGGGGUGUUCUGAAUGACUUCUGUGAAAAAAAUAAUUUGAAUUUCCUAAUGGGUUCUUGGUGGCCCAACCUUGAAGAUCUUUAUGAAGCAAAUGUUCCAGUAUAUAGGUUUAUUCAGCGACCUGGAGAUUUGGUCUGGAUAAAUGCAGGCACUGUUCAUUGGGUUCAGGCUAUUGGCUGGUGCAACAACAUUGCUUGGAAUGUUGGUCCACUUACAGCCUGCCAGUAUAAAUUGGCAGUGGAACGGUACGAAUGGAACAAAUUGCAAAGUGUGAAGUCAAUAGUACCCAUGGUUCAUCUUUCCUGGAAUAUGGCACGAAAUAUCAAGGUCUCAGAUCCAAAGCUUUUUGAAAUGAUUAAGUAUUGUCUUCUGAGAACUCUGAAGCAAUGUCAGACCUUGAGAGAAGCACUCAUUGCUGCAGGAAAGGAGAUUAUAUGGCAUGGGCGGACAAAAGAAGAACCAGCUCAUUACUGUAGCAUUUGUGAGGUGGAAGAUUUUAAUCUGCUUUUUGUCACUAAUGAGAGUAAUUCUCGAAAGACCUACAUAGUACAUUGCCAAGAUUGUGCACGAAAAACAAGUGGAAACUUGGAAAAUUUUGUGGUGCUAGAACAGUACAAAAUGGAGGACCUGAUGCAAGUCUAUGACCAAUUUACAUUAAAGUAUUAACCUCAUGGGAAUAUUUGAUGGAGCUUAACUUCCUGGCUCCUCCUUUACCAUCCGCCUCAUCUUGAUAUUGUUCCACGGACAUUAAAUGAGACCUUUUCUGCUAUUCAGGAAGUAACCCAAUUCUGCACCACUGGUUUUGUAGCUAUCUCGAAAGGCUGCUGGCUGAAAACUGUGUCUAUGCAACCUUCUAAGUGCGGAGUGUCAACCAACUGGACAAGGGAGAAUACUGCUCCCACUCCAGGACUCUCACAAAGCUGAUCAGCUGUACUUUGGAAAGAAAAAAAAAAUAAUAAUUUCCAUGUUUUGUAUAUAUCUGACAAAACUGGCAACAUCAUACAGACUACUGACUUGAAGACAACCUCUUUUAUAUUUCUCUAUUUCUGGGCUGAUGAAUUUGUUUUCAUCUAUCUUUACCCUCUUCAGAAUUUUCCUUGGAAAAAAAUACUAGCCUAGCUGGUCAUUCUUUGUAAGGUAGUUAGCAAUUUGAAGUCUUUCUUUGGUCAACUUUUUUUUAAUGUGAAAAGUCAGGUAAGAAACUUUUUUACUGCUUUUAUGUUUUUCUGUCUUGUUUUGAAACCAUGACGGUUACACUUUUGGUUCCUAAAUAAAACAUUAAAAAAAUUAACAGCCAAGUCACAAAGAUAAUGGAUUGCACAUAGACUAAGGAAUAAACUUCAGAUUUGUGAUUUUUGUUUCUAAUCUUGAUGUAAAUUUACACUAUUUAUAAAUACAUAUUUAUUGCUUGAAAAUAUUUGUGAAUGGAAUGCUGUUAUUUUUUCCAGAUUUACCUGCCAUUGAAAUUUUAAGGAGUUCUGUGAUUUCAAACACUACUCCUAUUACAUUUUCUAUGUGUAAAUAAAACAGCUUAGCAUUGUACAGAAACUUUUAUUAAAAUUGUUUAAUGUUUAAAGAGUU